AUGACCUCGACUCAGCUGCCGCCGCUCGACUUCAACGAAGGCGGACUUCGGAUUGUCCUGUUACCCGAAGUUGAGAACAUGUCGUCUCCGCUCUCUCCACUCUCUCCAGACUACCAUCAGAGCAAAGAGCCUCCUUCGAAUACCACCUUGAGCUCUGCUCGAUACUGUGAACACGACCAACAUGCUGUGGACUCCGAAUCUGACGAUGACCAGGAGGUGGACGUGGACGAGAUUGAGCAUGAUUCCGAUUCGACGCCACCACCGCCAGCGAUUCCAAUCCACCCCAUUCCUGCUUUACAGGAUGCUUUCGCCGAAUCGUUGAAUGAGGUGAUGAGCGGUGUUGCGGUUGAGAAGCCUAAAUUGAGGGCGCUGGACGCCCAGGGACGCAGAGAGGCUGUGCUUGCUCAGGGCAAAGAUGAGCCUGCUCUUGAUGCUAUGUGGAGGCUCCGACCUGGCCAGACCCAGCAUGAACUGGGCAAGCUAAUUGCUCAGAUUUCUUUUGGUGUAUAUCUGAUGCUGAACGGGAUGGCCAAUGAUAAUACACAGGUCAUCAACAUUCUUCAGGGCCACAUCGAUGAGGUGGACGAGUUUCUCGAAGUCACAAUUGAGGAUCUUGAAGAAGUAGAGGCGGACCUGAAGAGGCGCAUCGAUCAUCUGAUGCUUCCCAUGUCUAAUGCCACGGUGUUUGAACAGCUGCUGGAAGACAGUAAAUUCCGGACCGAAAUACUUCAAGGCAACGAGAAGAUUGAGCACAUCCUCGCAAGGACCAAUGUGUCAAUGAAGCAGUGGGACGACGAUAUUGAAGCCGGGCUACUAACUAGCAACAUCUUCAUAAACUGGUUGAACGAGCAUGCUGAAGGCACAUGGCGAUCGGGCCUGCCAGACGUUACCGACAUUUUUGAUGCCAUGAGCGGCAAUGCAGAAGGGUGGCUCAUUGCAUUUGAGAAAAUCAGUGAUAAUGCUCAAGACAUUAACAGUCUCAUCAUUCGGUUGAUGAACAUAAUAUCUGAGAUGGAAAAGAAGGCCGGUGAAGCUAGCCGGCGGACCUGGGCGAGCAUAGAACCACUCUGUGCUCCUCCUAUGCCUAAUAUUCCUGAAGAUUCAAGACCUUCGGAUCUACACGUUAUAACCGAGGAUUAUAGUCGAAGAUCUAGUACUCAAGAGAGCGUCCGAAGCGGAUCUACAGAACAUAGACCGGCCAGCUCUAUAAUCGAUGAUGAUACCAGCACUAUUGAUUUUCCUCUGCCUGGAGGCUUACCCCUACUUCCACCGUUUAAGUCUACCCGUCAUACUUCGAACACUUUCGGCUUGAGCAGCCCUCAGUCGGCUACUACGACAUCCGGCUUUGAUAGCCCUCAAAGCGCUCAAUAUACCCCUCAGUCUGCCGCAGGUACCUUUGGUGUCACCAGUCCCCAGACAAUGCAAAUCCACUUCCGCCAAGACAGCCAAGACUCGCCGGCUAUGGAAUUUGAGGAUAGCGAUCGAGAAACGGAGACAGGUCAUAGCAAUCAUGAAGACGAACCGGUGUUCCUUCUCCAGCCACGAACUUAUACCCCGCAGCCUCCUGCACCGCUGCCCUCACCUCUUAUCAAAGAUGACCCGGGUCACAGUGCUCGAUCGGGAUCACAGUCGACGCUUCCAUCCCUCCGGUCCACACCAAUUUCUCCUGCAGAUAGCCGGCCUUUGAGUGCUGUUGUAAAGAGAAGGACGUCUCUCCGCGACCGUGUAUCUCAAAAAAUGAUGCCCCCUGGAGAUAUUCAGAUUCCGGUAAGGUCUCUCAAAGGCAUGGAGAAGUACGCUCAUUCACCUGGCACUACCACGCCGCAGACAAUGAGAUCUCAUCAUUUUGAUUCAGCAUAUGAAUCUGAUGCGGAAAGCCAUGGCCGCCAUCCAUCUGGAAGCUCUAGCAACAUGACAAUGUCCCCUCCGCAGGUCAACGUUGUGCCCUCUCCGCGCUCGGAUCGGCAAAGAUACUAUCACCCCGUGCAUGCAUCGCCACACUCACCACUUCAGCAGAGGCCCCAUACGGCUGUUGGACAUGGUCAUGCUUCAUAUCAUCAAGGCCAUUCUUCCUUGGCACCGCCUGCUUUGAGCGGCUUAAGCAAGGUUACGUCCGCAAACUAUGACGACGGGACCUCGCAAAGCGUACGAACUACCAAAACUGUGGAUAAGCAGCUUAAGAAGAAGAAAAGUGCCUUUGGUUGGCUCAAGAAAGCUUUCAGCAUGGAUGAAGAAGAGCGAGCGGCUUAUGAGGCACGCAGAGCUAUGCAAUACCAAGAGAGCUACUAUAACGCUGAUCCACCCAAGUUUUUGGACGGAAGACGAGUGCGAUAA